GUGGAGGUUGCUGCUCCACCCGAGCGUGACCUGGUGAUCUGUGUGGUUCAGUUGCCAAGCAGGACGGCGGGCGAACUUGACGCCAGACAUCCGUGUUUUCUUUGGACAAUGUCUGUGCGAGAACAGUAACCACUGCUGACAUCUAUACACUGGGCUCCGUAACUGUGUUGUGCGCGGUGACAGCAUGAGGAUCGUGCCGCGGUACUGUGACCAACAUGGCGGGCGGCGGUGAAACGAUCUGAAUCCCGUGACUCCACAGCUACAGCCGCCACGACGGCUUCCCCACGGGACUUCACCCCAACCCACGUGACUGGUACGGACACAGACUCGCAAGGGACAACAAGAUCCUCUUCACUGUCAUCUCCCCCUUCGCCUGUCCCUAGCAGCAGGGGCCUCCAGUCCCCUGUCCCAAUGUUGGACUUCACAGCUAAUGGGGCCUCUAACUGCGGCGGGGGUCCCGGUUCGAUACCGCCGCCCGCACAUCCGGUUGUUGCAUCCCCGUCGGUGUUGUCUUUUCUUAAUUUGAACGUGGACGGGACGACGAGGGGCGGGUCUGGAGGUGGUGCCUUUAUGUUAGGAAACCAACCCCUGGCAGCGUUGCACAGCAUGGCAGAGAUGAAGUCUGCAGCCCUGUUUCACUCGCAGCAGGGGUACGGGAGCACACCGUCCGGGCCGACGCACACACCCACACACCUCGGCAGCCCAGGCAGCGGCAAGGGCAGUCCGACGUCCUCCACCAGUUCUGCCGGACAUACGUCUAACCCCCACGGAAUUGACCACAUACUCAGUCGGCCGGCGCCAGUUACCACGUCCUCCAGCUCCAGCGCCGCAGGUUUACCGCGCGGGUUCAACGUGUCUGCCACCGCAGCGGGUAUGGCGGCGGCGGGCAUGGCGGCAGCUGCGGGCAUGGCAGCGGCAUCCUACUUCCACCACCAUCACCAUAGCGCUGCCUCCAAGCACCACCAUCCCCUUGCCGAACUUACAUCUCGCUCGGCCAUCUACUGGCCGGGGUUGCAAGGGCUCGUCAGCAACCCCAUGGCGUGGCGCGACAGGCUCAGUGCCAUGGGGCCCGGCAACAUGGCGCUAGUCGACAAGGACGGCAAGAAGAAACACACGCGGCCCACGUUCAGCGGACAGCAAAUCUUCGCGCUCGAGAAGACGUUCGAACAGACCAAAUAUCUGGCUGGACCUGAACGGGCAAAGCUCGCCUAUGCACUGGGCAUGACUGAGUCACAAGUCAAGGUCUGGUUCCAGAAUCGGAGAACAAAAUGGCGGAAGAAGCACGCAGCAGAAAUGGCGACAGCGAAGCGCAAACAAGAAGAGGCUGAGGGACUGGCUGACGGGGACGGCUCCGACAGGGACGAUGAAGACCUUGGAGUCAGAGGUAACGCUGCAAAACGGCUGAGGCGAGAACUGCAAGAGGAAGAACUAGCUCGACAGUGAGGUAUAGUUCUGUGAGUUAUGUGGCGGAAGAACUGGCACAACAAUGAGAUCAAACUCGGCGAAGAGUUUCGAGGAAGAACUUUCACGGCAGUGAGAUAUAGUUUUGUGAGUUAUGUGGAGGAAGAACUGGCACUACAAUGAGAUCAAACUCAGCCAAGAGUUUCGAGGAAGAACUUUCAAGACAGUGAGAUAUAGUUCUGUGAGUUAUGUGGAGGGAGAACUGGCAUAACAAUGAGAUCAAACUCAGCAAAGAGUUUCGAGGAAUAAUUUUCACGACAGAGAGAGAUAGUUCUGUGAGCGCUGCGGAGGAAGAACUGGCACAAUAAUAAGAUCAAACUCAGCAAAGAGUUUCGAACAUGAACUGUCAAAACGGUGAGAUAUAACUCCGUGAGUUGAGAGAUGAUGAACUAGUGUCAUAUACAUAGUAUAUUCCGGUGAUGCUGCUACCAAAAGCACAUAAAACACAGUGGAAUAGAUGAAAUGCAUUCUCUGACAUUAAGACAUCGCGUUGUCUUAAAAUCUAAUCACUGGAUUGCUUGCAUGCAGAAAGAUGUGAUCUGGACUGCGCAGGUCUGUGAUGUGAUCCAAAGAACAGAACAGAAUAAAAUAUAAAAAUACAAGAUAUUCUGUAGACUAUCACAGAUAUGUGUCCAGUAUUAUAACGUGCCAAUUUACAUUUCAGCAAAACGGCGAAUUCCGGGUCUACGAUACUAUGAACCCAGAACUUAAUAAUGAACUGUUGAAUGUUAAACGUAGACUAAAAUAGUCGGAAGUGCUACACAGGGAGUCAAUUCGUCAAAGAUUUGAAGACACAGUCGACAUUGAAUUGAUGUAUUAUUUAUUGUAUUAUAAUUAAAGACGAUUUGAAGAAAAAACUACUUUGCGUCCAAAAAAAACGGUUGAACUUGUUAAUAAGAAAGCUACAUGAAAUUCUUAGUUUCUUUGAGUUUUCCUGUAACUAACACUGACAAAUGAAUACAUAUUACUUAACUCUUUAAAGCACUGUGGUAACUAUAUGCACCACUAGCUUUAACAUUAAAGAACUCUGCAUUUUUCCCCCACACACUGGAUUUAUGUGCUUCAAACGAGUCUCGCAAUAAACAGCGAUUAUUUCCCUAAACAGAUGCAACCGGCUGCUUUUUGUAAUGGAAACGUAGAGUGUUUCCUGUGAGGUAGGAAUUGAAUUUUGACGUGCUAUUUCGAUGUUUUUCAAACUUCGAGAAAAAUACAACGGUAGAAACAACUGAAUAACAUUAUUCGCAUCUUCUGACUAUCAAAAACCAGGAGAAGCUAUUCAUGUUGGGCCCAGUACUGAUGCCUCAUGGCAGUUGUACUGCAACUGCAGCUAGUCUGCAGACAAUCCCCUCUGUCUUCUGUCUUUUUCGGGCUUCAGAGGAAUCACAUAUGAUAACUGCUAGGGGUCAGUCAGGCUGUAGUCUUCUGAAAUUAUAUUUAAUAUAGCAAAAUAAUGCACAAUCUUGUUGGUUAUGAAAGGGAUAUAACAAUCUUCGUAACACUCUCGGAAUGCAAAUAGAUCUUCAUCAUGAUCCAUGAAACUUAAAUCAGUAAAAACGAGUAAAUCACAUAGUAAACAUGUUUGUAGGCUGAGCGGGAAGUAGACAUUAAGUUGUACUCAGCGCAGGUGUACAUUGAGAUCAGAUGCAUGAUCUAUGAUUUCUGAAGAGAAAUGACAAAAAGUGACACUCAAUGUCAAGUAGCACCUCAUAAUGAAGAAAUUAAGUAUUAAAAUGGAUGUCCAUGUAAACAAAUGAAAGCUAGUUUAAGCCUGAAUAAAAUUAUUUCACAAGAAUCCAUUACAAGUUAAAAAGUAAUGUCUGGACACUUAUCAGUGUAUAGGAACCAGAACCUUCCCAGAAACUUCAUGGAUUUUUUAUUUUGCUGUAACACUUUCAAGCAAAGCGGUUAUUAUAGGUACCACUUGCCUUAAUAUUCAAGAAGUACACAGUUUUUCCUCACAGAGUAGAAUCAUUUAUGUGUUCCGUAUGAUUCUCACAAUAAACAGUGAUUAUUUCCCUAAACAGCAUU